UCGUGUCGUCCGCGGUUGAUUCGGUCAUCUAAUUCUGGAGGGUUGAGCUGGAGGAUCGAGCUUUGUCCAUGUUGACUAUAUUACAACUGCAACUUCUUUGUAUUUGAUUGAUCUAGAUUAACUUGAAUAGGGGAUCUAUAGGUUUUAAAAGAGAUAGACCUCUCAUCUGAUAUCCAUUCAAGAAUGGAAAUGGACACCAAGCCCACAGAAGAUAUGCUUAGAGAUACUCUCUAUCUCGAGUCCAGUGGGGAUACCAGUCACGUGACGCUACCAUCUCUCAUCGUAAUCUUCCUUCAGCAGUACUGCCACUAUCAUAACCUUGACGUGAUUCUUGUUUGUGGAAGUGAACUAAAUCAGGAGGCAAAAGAUUCUUCAAAAGCUCCUCUAAAGUCUCAUCUGGAUCUGGGCCAUGAAGGAAAGGUUGAGCACAAGGAUACAAACAUAUCGACAUCUGAUGAUAACCUUGAUAGCAACUCUAUUCGCAGUGAUGAUGUCGGGCUCAAUCUUCUAGAAACACCAAAGAGCAUUGAGUACAGAGUACUGAAACAUGUCUGUCUCCCUCGUGUGGUGCAGGAUUGUCAGCUUCCUUGCAUAUUGUUACCAGGAAGACAGCUCUGUGUUUCUGGUCUGGCGAACGUCUUAAGACACAUAAUCCAAGCUGCGGUACCUUUGGAGCCACAUCGAAAUUUAGAAACGCUUCUUGGUUUCAGACAAACUUGCCUGAGAUGCUGUUCAGAAACCAGCAUCUGGACCAAGCUUUGUGAGGUGGACACCCCUCAAGAGGUCACCAACUUCCUCAAGAAUCCUUCAGAAGUGUCUUCUUGUCCUCUAUUUUUGAAUAAGUUUCAAGAAAUCUUGUCCCAGCCUGUGUCGACUCAUAAUUCUGAGAAAUUGAGAAGAAAACUGUUGAAGAGCAAGAAGAUGAAUGGUAACAGCAUCCAAGGAGGAGGGGAGUCUAAUGUAAAGAGGAACACUGAUGAUGCUGGAAAACUUGAUGAAAGAGAAAAAGGAAAAGAUAAGAAAGGAAGUGGAACAGAAAACAGCAGGAUGCCAAAGCCCCUAGAUGAUCCGGCUACAUUGUGUGAAGAUAAUAGUAAGGAGUUGACAUCUGAGUUCCAGUCCAAGAUGAACUUGGGUAACAAGAAAGAAAUUCGCAGGAGAAAGAGAGAACAGAAUAGAGAGAAUGCUGCAAUUGACCAAAGUCUUUUGGGAAAUGAUAUAACUGCAGAAACGAAGGCAGAGCAAACAUCAACUGAUGUGCCUAAUGGUGCUAUUGACAGAGUUGAAACAAAUGCAAAUGGUGAGAUGUCUUCUCAACCUGAAGGUGGAAAUCAGAGAAGGAGAAAAAAAACAAAGAAUAAGAAGAAGAUUCACAAGGACUCUCUGCCAGAGCUCACUCAUCUAUUUGCACAUGGUGUCGAUGUCACUCUUGCUGAUUUUGCCUUGUUUAUUCCCAUCCACCUAUGGUUACGCACCUCCAGUCUGAAUGGAACAGCCCACAAUGCUCGCAGGACUGUGCCUUUGGUCUUUGAGUGGUACCGGCGCAUGUGGGAUGUUCCAAGUGUGAGGCAGGUGGCAUCAACCUCUCUAGGGUUGAGGGAAGUGGAUAUUACACCCCUCAAGGAAACAUCGGGUGAUGAUGCUGCUGCUGUCAGAGAAAACUCCAAAACUGACAGUUACCUAUUGGAAGAAGAUGUUCGACCUCACGUUGGGAGUCUGGGUGUCAGUCGUGGUGUAGUGAGAGAGCGUCUGAAGAAGGUGUUACCGGAUGUGAUCCUGACGCUAGAGGAUCAGGGAUUGAGUGCAGGCUUCAUGGAUCACCCCUCGAAGGAUACAACUCUGGAUUGGAGGAACAUGGAUCCAGUGGUUAGCCCAAUAGAAGGUGAGGUUGAAGCCCGUCGAGCCAGAGGGAAAGAGCAACAGCUAGAAAGCAUUGUUACAGCGGUCCAGCAAAUAGCCCAACCGGGUUCCAGAAUUCUGGACUUCUGCAGUGGAGGGGGCCACCUUGGUAUUGCUCUUGCCUACUGCCUACCAGACUGUCAUGUGAUCAUGAUAGAAAACAAGGAAGAGUCAUUGAAGCGAGCGCUCGGUCGCGUCCAAACCUUAGGACUUCAGAAUGUCACCUUGUACCUGAGUAACAUUGAUUACUUCUAUGGACAAUUUGAUAUUGGGGUAUCUCUACAUGCCUGUGGAGUAGCUACAGACAUAGUUCUCAGUAAAUGUGUGGAGCAGGGAGCCUCGUUUGUGAGCAGUCCCUGUUGCUAUGGUUCAUUACAUAACACACAUCACCUGACAUACCCACGCAGCAAGGUAUUCAGGGAGAGCAACAUCUCCAAGAAGAACUAUUUCUUGGUUGCUCAUGCAGCCGAUCAGACGUGUUGGGACUUUGACAGCAAUCUUUCUAAGCAAGGGAAGCGGUGCAUGGGUUACAUAGACAGAGACAGAGCUGAGUUAGCCAGAGAGCAAGGCUAUCAUGUGACGAUAUGUUCAUUGAAACCAGAGACCUGUUCACCCAAGAAUAACCUCCUCAUAGGGGUUUCCCCUCACAAAUAGGGCAUCAAGGCAUGAUAAUCACACUCCUUUUCCUUUUAACUGUAAUCUAUC